AUGAUUUCGAUUUUUUCACAUUUUUCUGAUAACUCUUGGAACUUUGCUGAUCACCUGGUGCUAUUCGUCGUGGCUAUUAUUCGUGGUGAUAUUGACCAAUCACUAAGCGGUAAUUACACCUGCUUAGCGAAGAACCUGUACGGUUCUGACUCAGUGUCUUACGAGGUGCUAGUACUGCCUACUCCUGAACCGCCGAGUUUGAGAGUGACGUCACAUAAGAAUGCAAUACAUCUGCAAUGGGAGUUACCUAGGAAGAUAGGAGGGAAGUCACAGAAAAUAAGUUACAAUCUCACUUGGAAAGAAGCGAACGGGUCUUGGCAAGACGCAUGGUCUAGCAAGGGAACUUCUCUUCAAGGCACUCAGGAGUAUACCCUGCAGGGUUUAAAAUGUGGAACGAAAUACUCCUUGAGGAUGACUGCAGCUAACAGUGUGGGGUCCUCGCAACCUUCUUAUAUGGAUGCUAACACUUUGGGAGGAGUACCAAUAUCACCAACCAGCACUGAGUGGUUCUGGAGUAACGCCACACACAUUUACAUUCAGCUGAGUGGGUGGGAUGACAAUGGAUGCGAGAUCACCAGGUUUGAUGUGGAAUACAAGGAGUUUGGCAGCAAGACGUGGAAGAAGGCUGAAAAUAGACUUCCUUCAAUAGACCAAGCAUGGAGUCACUACGUGCCUUCUUCAAUCCUCGCUCAGCCAAAUUCAUUUGUAUUGGCGGAGCUGGUCCCAGCUCAGUGGUACCAUGUCAGGGUCACUGCUGAGAAUGCUGCUGGUAUCUCCACAUCUAUGUAUAGUUAUGCCACCACUACUGUGCAAGGAGAAUCAGUGGGACCACCAUCGGACUUCUUUGAUCUGAACAUGCUGGUGAUCAUCUGCAGUUCUAUACUUCUCAUGAUCUGUUCGCUGACUUGCGUUUACAUACUAGUCAAGAGGCAUAAUCACCAGCAUCUAACAGAAUACAGAAAUUCUCUGACAGCAGAAUGUAAGUCAGAGCGCAGUAAUAUGACAGUGAAUACACCGCAAAGUGUGCCUACUGACAUGAGUAAUAGAGUCUACAGUACACCUGUACAUCUCACUGCUGAGAAUAAACAUGAAUUGUACGAGAUAAGUCCAUACGCACAAUUUGCUAUUGGAUUUCGAACGUUCGGUCAUGUAGACAAUCAAGAAGUGCCGAAUAGAGUUCAUCUACCCGGUAAUAGCAAAUCAAGAUACGAUAGUGGACAAUGUAACACCGAAAUCCAGGCAAAGAGAUUGAAAAAGACAAUAACCUUAAGGACAAUAAAUAUACAGUCUAGAGUUGACCAGUCCCAGUUGACGGCGCCCGUUCAUGAACAUGACACGUACACCAGCACCGCCCAAAUCAACCAUAUUGUAGGGCAUCGAGUUAUCCACUGCACGUGCCACCGCCAAUGA